AUGACAAACGAAGCUACAAGAACUCUAAUUCUAAGACAUGGUUCAAUAGAAUACGUUUUAUCUGUUCCAGCUUCUUCCUUUUUCGCUGCUUCUCAAUUAAAGGAUCAAUUUAAAAAAACUUUACCAACUCCAACUGAAAGUUUUGCUGAUGAUGAUGAACCUGCAUCCGCUGCUGAAUUAUUAGGUAAAUUUUUAGCUUAUAUCGCAUCUUUAAUUGAUAUUGAAUCACAAUUUAAAGAUGUUUUAAAGAGUACAAUUAACGAAUUUAAUAGUAAUUUCUUGCUUGGAAAUGAUAUACAUGUUCUGGCAACUGAUUUAUUAAAAGACACAGAAAAAUUUCCAACAACUUUACUAAAAGUUAAACAAUUAAUUAAAAAUUAUAUUUUAGCUAGAUCAGUCGCUAAUUUGCCAUUUGAUAAAAAAUCUAAUGCUACCUUAUUUAAUUCAAAUGAAAAAGAUUUAAAAUUAGUUGCUAUCUUUGGUGGUCAAGGUAACACAGAUGAUUAUUUUCAAGAAUUAGUUGAAAUUUAUGAUACUUAUCGUCCUUUAGUCUCUGACAUUAUUCAAUUUGCAGCUACUACUUUAAAUGAUUUAGUUAAAAAUACUGAAGGUGUUAAAAAAUUAUAUACUCAAGAUUUCGAUUUAAUGCAAUGGUUAACAGAUUCAUCAAAGAUACCUGAUACAGAUUAUUUACUUUCAAUUACUGUUUCAUGUCCUUUAAUUACCGUGAUUCAAUUAUCACAUUAUGCAUUAACAGCAAGAUUAUUAGGUUUCACACCAGGUGAAUUAAGAUCUCAUUUAAGUGGUUCAACAGGUCAUUCUCAAGGUUUAGCAAUUGCUUUAGCCAUUUCUGAGGCUGAUUCUUGGGAUGAUUUCUUUCAAGUUAUGAAAAAAUCUAUCUCUUUAAUGUUUUUCAUUGGUGUUCGUUGUUUUCAAACUUAUCCAAAUACUUCUGUACCACCAACAAUUGUUGAAGAUUCAAAAGAACAUGGUGAAGGUAAUCCAACUCCAAUGUUAUCAAUUACUAAUCUAACACAAGAUAAAGUUCAAGAUUAUGUUGAUAAGACUAAUGCUCAUUUACCAGAAGGUAAACACGUUCACAUUUCAUUAAUUAAUGGUGUUAGAAACUUCGUUGUUUCAGGUCCUCCACAAUCAUUAUAUGGGUUGAAUUUAGCUUUAAGAGCCGCUAAGGCCACCGCUGGUGUUGAACAAGCAAGAAUUCCUUACAGUGAAAGAAAAUUAAAGAUUUCAAAUAGAUUCUUACCUGUUGCAGCUCCUUUCCAUUGUCAAUUAAUGGUUCCAGCUCAUGGUCUAGUCGUUAAGGAUUUAAAGGCUAAUGGUUUAAGUUAUGAUGCUAAUAAGAUUAAGAUUGCAGUUUAUGAUACUUAUAGUGGUGCUGAUUUAAGAGAUUGUAAAGAAAACACUACAGAGAGGAUUGUCGAUUGUAUUAUUAGAUUACCUGUCAUGUGGAUUACCUCAACAAAAUUUGAUGCUACUCAUAUCUUGGAUUUCGGUCCAGGUGGUGCUUCAGGUCUAGGUAUAUUAACUCAUCGUAAUAAAGAAGGUACUGGUGUUCGUAUAAUCAUUGCAGGUGCUUUAGGUGUUAAUACUAAUGAUGAUUAUGGUUUUAAACAAGAAUUGUUCGAUACUACUGCUAAUGGUUUGAAGAGAAACUUAAAUUGGUUAAAGGAAUUCCAUCCAACAUUGAUUAAAAACAAGAACGGUAAAAUCUUCGUUAGUACUAAAUUUUCGAAAUUAUUAGGUAGAGCUCCUCUUUUGGUUCCAGGUAUGACUCCAACUACUGUGUCUCCAGAUUUUGUUGCCGCUACUAUUAAUGCAGGUUAUCAAAUCGAAUUAGCAGGUGGUGGUUAUUUCUCUCCGGAUGGUAUGACAAAGGCAAUUGAUGAUAUUAUUGCACAAAUCAAACCUGGUUCCAGUAUAUCUAUCAACUUGAUCUAUGUUAAUCCAAGAAUGUUACAAUGGGGUAUUCCAUUGAUUAGAGAGUUAAGAUCAAAGGGUUAUCCAAUCCAAGGUUUAACCAUUGGUGCAGGUGUUCCAUCUUUAGAGGUCGCUUCCGAAUAUAUUGAAACCCUAGGUCUAACUCAUUUAGGUUUGAAACCUGGUUCUGUUGACGCUAUUAACCAAGUUAUUACAAUUGCCAAGGCUCAUCCAAAUUUCCCAAUUAUCUUACAAUGGACCGGUGGUAGAGGUGGUGGUCAUCAUUCCUUUGAGGAUUUCCAUGCUCCAAUUCUACAAAUGUACUCCAAGAUUAGAAAACAAUCCAACAUUAUCCUAAUAGCAGGUUCCGGUUUCGGUUCUUCAGAAGAUACAUACCCAUACUUGACUGGUCAAUGGUCUAUUGAUUUCCACUAUCCACCUAUGCCUUUCGAUGGUUUCUUAUUUGGUUCAAAGGUUAUGAUUGCUAAGGAAGCCGAAACUUCUCCAGCUGCUAAACAAGCUAUUGUCGAUUGUGCUGGUGUACCAGAUUCUCAAUGGGAAAACACUUACAAAAAGCCAACUGGUGGUAUUAUUACUGUCCGUUCUGAGAUGGGUGAACCAAUUCAUAAACUUGCUACCAGAUGUGUUAUGUUCUGGAAGGAAUUAGAUGAUACUAUUUUCAAUUUACCAAAGGCUAAAUUACAACCAACCUUGGAUGCUAAGAAAGAUUACAUUAUUCAAAAAUUGAAUGAUGAUACUCAAAAGCCAUGGUUUGCUACUAUCAAUGGCGAAAUUCGUGAUUUGACUUCUAUUACAUACAAGGAAGUUGCUGAAAGAUUAGUUGAAUUAAUGUACAUCAAAUCCAGAAAGUCAUGGAUCGAUGUUACAUUAAGAAACUUUAUGGGUGAUUACUUACGUCGUGUUGAAGAACGUUUCUCAACUGUUAAGACUACUUCUUUGAUUCAAUCUUACUCUAUCUUAGAAGAACCAGAAAAGGCUGUAAAUAUUAUCUUUAAUGCGUUCCCAGAAGCAACUGAACAAUAUAUGGAUGCUCAAGAUGUCGAUUACUUCCUAAAUAUGUGUCAAAAUCCAAUUCAAAAACCAGUUCCAUUCGUUCCAGUUCUUGAUCACAGAUUCGAAUUUUUCUUUAAGAAGGAUUCUCUAUGGCAAUCUGAACACUUGGAAGAUGUUGUUGGUGGUGAUGUUCAAAGAACUUGUAUUCUACAUGGUCCAGUCGCUGCUCAAUUUACUAAGAAGAUGGAUGAACCAAUUAAAGAAAUUAUGGAUGGUAUCCAUGAUGGUCACAUUAAACAUUUAUUAGCUGAUUACUAUAACAACGAUGAAUCAUCUAUCCCAGUUAUUGAAUAUUUCGGUGGUGAAGAUCCAGCUGUUGCUCCAUCUACGGUUAAGGACGUCACUUACAAGGUUUCCGCUAAUACUGAUAAGGAUUCUUGGUUUAAGUCCCUUGCAGGUCCAAAGAAGAACUGGAGAAAUGCUUUCUUUUCUGCACCAAUUUAUGUUCAAAACUCUGAAUACACACAAAAUGCUGCUAAAAAGGUCUUUGAACCUAUUCCAAACAUGGAAGUCAACAUUUCUAAUGCCGAUGACGCUUCAAAAUCUGUUAUUACAUUAUCCGAACCAGUUCAAGGUGAACAAAAGGUGACUGCCAUUUUGAAGUUAAUUAAAGAUGAUUUAAUCCAACUAGAAUUGAUUGAAAAUAGAACUAUGGAUGGUGAACCAGUUGCCUUACAAUUAUUAUACAACUACAAUGCAGACGACGGUUUCGCUCCUAUUUCUGAAGUUAUGACUAGCCGUAAUGAACGUAUUAAGAAGAUGUAUUGGAAACUUUGGAUUGACGAACCAUUUGACUUGAAGUUUAAUCCAAGAGAUGUCAUUAAGGGUUCUGAUUUCACCAUCACCGCAGAAGAUAUAACUGAUUUUACUCGUGCUAUUGGUAACAACUGUGAAGAUUUUGUCCCAAGACAAGGUAGAAAGGUUCGUGCUCCAAUGGAUUUCGCAAUCGUUGUUGGUUGGAGAGCUAUUAUUAAGGCCAUUUUCCCUGAAACAGUUGAUGGUGAUUUAUUAAAAUUGGUCCAUUUAUCUAAUGGUUAUAGAAUGAUUCCUGGUGCUACUCUACUACAAGAAGGCGACUUGAUCUCAACUACUGCUGUUAUUAAAUCUGUUGUUAACCAACCAACAGGUAAGGUUGUUGAAGUUAUUGGUACAUUAAGCAGAGACAGUAAGCCUGUUAUGGAAGUCACUUCUUCUUUCUUCUACAGAGGUAACUAUUCCGAUUUUGAAAACACUUUCCAAAAGGUUACAGACCCAGUUUAUGAAAUGCACAUCAAAUCUCCAAAGGACAUUGCUGUUCUUCGUUCCAAGGAAUGGUUCCAAUUAGAUGAUGAAGAUCGCGAUCUAUUAGGUCAAACUUUAACAUUUGAAACUGAAACACAAGUCACUUUUAAGAACGCUAAUGUGUUUGCUUCUGUUGAAUGUAUUGGUCCAAUUAAAAUGGAAUUACCAACCAAGGAAAUGAUUGAAAUUGGUGUCGUGGACUACCAAGCUGGUGAAUCUUAUGGUAACCCAGUUGUGGAUUUCUUGAAGAGAAACGCUUCUACUCUUGAAAGAAAAAUUAACUUAGAAAAUAUUAUUCCAAUUGCUACAGUUGAAUCUCAAUCUCCAAUUUCUAAUGAACCUUAUGGUAAGAUUUCUGGUGAUUUGAAUCCAAUUCAUGUUUCUCGUCACUUUGCAAAGUAUGCUGAUCUACCAGGUACCAUCACUCAUGGUAUGUACUCUUCUGCUGCUAUCCGUGCUCAAAUUGAAAACUGGGCUGCAGACAGUGUCGCUUCUAGAGUUCGUGGUUACGAAUGUCAAUUUACUAAUAUGGUCUUACCAAAUACACCUUUGAAAACUACUAUCCAACAUGUCGGUAUGAUUAAUGGUCGUAAAUUGAUCAAGUUUGAAACAAAGAAUGAUCAAGAUGUUGUAGUCUUGACAGGUGAAGCUGAAGUUGAACAGCCAAUCUCUACAUUUGUAUUUACUGGUCAAGGUUCCCAAGAGCAAGGUAUGGGUAUGGACUUAUACAACUCCUCUGAUGUAGCCAAAAAUGUCUGGGACAGAGCUGAUGCUUACUUUAAAGAUACUUAUGGUUUCUCUAUUUUAGAGAUCGUCCAAAAAAAUCCAAAGGAACUAACUAUUUAUUUUGGUGGUGAAAAGGGUAGAAAAAUUAGAGCUAACUAUAUUAAGAUGGUAUUUGAAACUAUUAUUGAUGGUGAAGCUAAAUCUGAAAAGAUUUUCAAGGAAAUUACUGAAGAUACCAACUCGUAUACAUUUAGGUCACCAAGUGGUCUAUUGUCCGCUACUCAAUUUACUCAACCUGCCUUGACUUUGAUGGAAAAAGCAGCCUUUGAAGAUUUGAAAUCAAAGGGUUUAAUCCCAGCGGGUGCUGCUUUUGCUGGUCACUCUCUAGGUGAGUAUGCUGCUUUAGCAUCUCUAGCUGAUGUUAUGUCCAUUGAGUCGUUAGUCGAAGUUGUCUUCUACAGAGGUAUGACUAUGCAAGUCGCUGUUCCAAGAGAUGACCAAGGCAGAUCCAAUUAUGGUAUGAUUGCUGUCAACCCAGGUAGAGUUUCUGGUACAUUCACACAAGAUGCUCUACAAUUUGUCGUUGAAAAAGUCGCUGCCAGAACCCAAUGGCUAUUGGAAAUCGUAAACUACAAUGUUGAAAACCAACAAUAUGUUGCUGCUGGUGAUUUGAGAGCUCUGGAUACAUUGACUAAUACAUUGAAUUUCAUUAAGAUGCAAAAGAUUGACAUUAUUAAACUACAGGAAACCAUGUCUCUCGAGGACGUUGAAGGUCAUUUAUUUGAAAUUAUUGACGAGAUUUCUAAGAAAUCUAUUGCUAAACCACAACCAAUUGAACUUGAAAGAGGUUUUGCUUGUAUCCCAUUACGUGGUAUAUCUGUUCCAUUCCACUCAUCUUAUCUAAGAAAUGGUGUUAAGCCAUUCAAGAACUUCAUGAAGGGUUGUAUCUUAAAGGAAAAUGUCAAGGCGGACAGAUUAAUUGGUAAGUACAUUCCAAAUUUGACUGCUAAGCCAUUUGAAAUUACUAAGGAAUACUUCCAAAAUGUUUAUGACUUAACUGGUUCCGAGAAGAUCAGAAAGAUCCUAGACAACUGGGAACAAUAUGAAAAAUAG